AUGGCUCCUGAAUCGACAACACCCAAAAAAGAGAAGAAGGACAAGAAGAGAAAGUCUGAAGCUGCAGAUGGAGCGAUCCCACCUCAACCUAUCCCUCCUGCUGAAGGUACAGCAAGUGCCGAGGCUGUAGCUAUGGAAGUUGACGGUGAAAAAGCUUUGAAGAAACAGAAGAAGGAGAAGAAAGAGAAAAGAAAGAGUCUCGCCGCUGGCGAAGGUGAGAUGGAGGUUGAUGAUGACAAAAAGGGAGAAUUCUCAGUCCCACUCGACGCAAUCUCACCUAUAGCAUCACCCCUCGCAGGAAAGAAAUUAUCCAAGAAACUCUUUAAAACCACAAAGAAAGCUUCCAAAGCUAGACAAUUGAAGAGAGGUGUAAAAGAAGUCGUAAAAGCUUUAAGAAAAGGCGAAAAAGGAUUAUUGCUAUUAGCAAGUAACAUUACACCUGUAGAUGUCAUUUCACAUUUACCUUUAUUGGCUGAAGAAGCUGUUGGUGUCGAAUACGUUUGGGUAUUGAGCAAGGAAGAACUCGGUCAAGCUGCUGGUACCAAACGAGCUACUUCAUGUGUACUCAUUAGCUCAACUCCAGCUAAACGACCUACACCAAAAGACGGAUCUACCGCUAAGGCAGGUCCAUCGGCGGAAGAUCUUGCUGAUCUCAAAUCAAGCUUGGAAGAAGUGACAGAGGAAGUUAAGAAACUUGAAUCCCCUACCGAUGUCAAAUACUAG